AUGCCCGUUGGCAGUGGCAGAGGUCAUGGAGGUGUUGCUGUCCCUCCCAAACUGAAGAAACUGAAAAGCCCAAACGUUCAUGUCGGUGAAAAGAUUUCACUGAAAUGUGAGGCGACUGCUGGAAACCCUCAGCCAUCCUACAAAUGGUUUAAAGAUGGCAAAGAGCUGAAGAAGAGCAAAGACAUCCGGAUCAAGUAUGGGAAUGGGAAAAAGAUUUCCAGACUGCAGUUCAACAAGGUGAAGUUGGAAGAUGCUGGGGAGUACAGCUGCGAAGCGGAGAACGUUUUAGGGAAAGACACCGCAAAAGGCAGCCUGAAUGUGAAAAGUGUAACCACAACUCUCUCUUCCUGGUCUGGGCAUGCUAGAAAAUGCAACGAAACAGCCAAGUCCUAUUGUGUCAAUGGUGGGGUAUGCUACUACAUCGAGGGGAUUAAUCAGCUGUCUUGCAAAUGUCCAAACGGAUUCUUCGGACAGAGAUGUUUGGAGAAACUGCCUUUGCGAUUGUACAUGCCAGAUCCUAAGCAAAAAGCGGAAGAGCUUUACCAGAAGAGAGUUUUAACCAUCACAGGAAUUUGUGUUGCCUUGCUUGUGGUGGGCAUCGUCUGUGUGGUAGCUUACUGUAAAACCAAGAAACAAAGAAAACAAAUGCAUAAUCAUUUACGGCAGAAUAUGUGCCCUGCCCAUCAGAACAGGAACCUUGCGAACGGGCCAAGUCAUCCACAUUUGGAUCCUGAGGAAAUCCAAAUGGCUGAUUAUAUUUCUAAGAAUGUUUCUGUCACUGAGCAUGUGAUCCGAAGGGAAACAGAGACAACUUUUUCGGGAAGUCACUCCUGCUCCCCAUCUCAUCACUGCUCCACAGCCACUCCGACAUCCAGCCAGAGACAUGAAAGCCACACCUGGAGCUUGGAGCGGACGGAGAGCCUGACUUCAGAUUCCCAGUCCGGGAUAAUGCUGUCCUCAGUGGGAACCAGUAAAUGCAACAGUCCUGCAUGUGUGGAGGCACGGGCUCGCCGUGGGGCUGCCUUCUGCAUCGAGGACUCGCGGAGGCCCACGACACAGUAUCGUGACUCAGUGGAUUCUCUGCGGGACUCACCACACAGUGAGAGGUACGUGUCAGCCCUGACCACACCAGCACGCCUGUCACCGGUCGACUUCCACUACUCGAUGGCCGCGCAGGUGCCCACCUUCGAGAUCACCUCUCCCAACUCGGCACAUGCUGUCUCCCUGCCGCCGGCGGCCCCCAUCAGCUUUCGUGUGGAGGAACAGCAGCCCCUCCUGCGGCGGUACCAGCUCCCCUUCCAGGACAUGCAGAGGUACGACAGCUACUACCAAAGGAAGACCUACCUAAAUGACAGCAUGGGGAGCCUGCCCUCCAGCCCCUUCCGCAUCACGGAGGAUGACGAGUACGAGACGACACAGGAGUACGUCACAGCGCUAGAGCAGCCAAAGAAAACAGCCAGCAGCAACAGGCGGUGGAAAAAAUCCAAACUGAAUGGGCACGUCCCUCACAGAGCCAGAGCUGUUCGGGACUCCUUCUCCUUGAGCAGCGCUUCUUACAGUGAGUCUGACGAGGAGCUGGUGGCUGAGAGCACCCCCUUCCUAAGCACUCAGAACAAUGAGGCGGCGCACACAGAGUCGCCCCCGCUCCACCGGCCAGGUGACAGCCGGACUCACUACUCCUGCAGCAGACACAGUGCUCAUGGAGAGAGCGGGCGCAGCAGCCUGGUGCACACGACACCCAAACCGGACCCAGAUCCUCUCUAGGCGCCUCCCAGACUCACGCACCCGCAGACAUAACCCACAUGGAGGAGGCCAAGGAGGGAGACGAGACAAAACAAAAAUAAAUAUUUUUAUUUUAUAUAAAAGAGGGAAAAAAUAUAACAAAUAAAAUGUUUUAUUUUCAUUUUAGCAAA